AUGGCCGAUAUUUGCGAGUCCUACCAACGCAAACUCAGCGAUGCCCAAAUCUCCCCACCGCUGGCCGCGAUCCUCGCCCUCACCGAACUUUGUGCGAAAAGCUCUGCCGGAACUAUGGCCCAGCUGUCCCAGCAAUUAGAUGAGGGCGCCGAAUUACUCAAGAAAAGCGUCUCGAAUCCAAUCAGUCUUACUGCCGGCUGCGAGCUGUUCAUCGCAUUCAUUACCUACUUCCCCCACGAUGCAGCUAGCUUCUCUGAUUUGAAGAUGGAGCUAGUAAAACAAGGACAGACAUACGUGCAGCAGGCAUUAACCUAUCGCCAACGCAUAGCCAAUCUUGCCGUCGACUUCAUCAAAGAUGACGCGGUGAUCCUCACCCACUCCUACUCACGAGUUGUGAUGGAAACUAUUCUGCUUGCACAUCGGAGAAACAAACGCGUGUCAGUGUAUGUUACUGAGGCACGGCCUCGUGGCCUAGGAAUUAAGACAGCGGAGGCCUUGACAGCGGCCGGAAUAAGCUGUGCGGUGGUGUUGGAUUCGGCGGUUUCCUACGUGAUCGACAAGGUGGACUUUGUGCUGGUUGGGUCCGAGGCAGUGGUUGAAAGUGGUGGACUCAUCAACGCGAUUGGGUCGUUGAACAUUGCUAUUAUUGCCAAGGCUGCCAACAAGCCUUUCUAUGCUCUAGCCGAAAGUUAUAAAUUUCACCGCUUGUUUCCGUUGUCUUCAGACGAUCUGCCCAGUCACAACCCUCGGAUAUUGUCUUUCACAUCAUCCACGGAGAAUGCACCGUCGUCCGAUAGCUUGACACCAGAACACAUUGCUCAAAACAAUCCAGAUGUCGACUACACAAGGCCGGAUCUAAUAUCGCUUGUGUUCUCAGAACUGGGAAGUCUGACCCCGUCGGGCGAGUCCUUUGUCGUUGGUUGUUCCUUGAUCAAAUCUAACGGAAAGGUCAAUUUUCAGGUUGAGGGUUUGUUUCUCAACAACCCUCUACAAUGUGCCGCUGGAGACAAGUCCAAUACCAUUACACCGGAUGCCCGCACUUUGUCGAGCUGCCCGAUGAAGAGAUUAAAUGCGAGAGCACACAGUGCAAGUUCAGCCCAUACCAUCCAAGAGAAUGUACUGGCCCGUCGUGUCGACGAACAUGCUGGCAAUACCGCCAAUUUCCUGAGCAAUAUAACAGAACAUUUCAGGGUGUUUGCGCUCGCUGCCAGCAGGGGAGGUAAACUGUGGUAG